CCAAAAUCCAAAGUCAUUAGACUUUAAUAUACACGGAGAUGUAAUAUUGGUUCAAUAGUAUAUAUGUACAAGGCUAAUUAGGAUUACAUUGGAUGAUAUCACCAAACCAUUGUGCUAUUUUUCUUCAUUAACUCAUAAUGUUUAAACAUAUUCAUAAACUGUACUCAAAGCCUAGAACCAAACCGACUCCUAUAGAACCUUAUACCACACAUGAAGCAUUGGAGUUUUUAGUUAAUAUAGUAUGGAUGACGAUAACUACUAUUUUAAUCACUGUAACAGUGUCGGCUAUUCAUCAGCCAGAUUUCUGUGUGACACUCUUAGAGAGCUCGCUAGCUUCAACACUAACUUUAUUAUGUUGUGCACUUUCUCUUUCGUCAUUUGUAACUUUUGAGAAGUUACAAAAGUUGUUUCCGAUCAAGUAUAUUCUACUGGGUAUAAUCGUUAUCUCAGGUUCAGUGUUGCUUUCAUAUUCUUGUGUGUAUACACAUUUUACGGAAUGUUUAGCUUCAUGGACUUUGGUUAUCUUGAUAUCUUCACUAGAAAUCAUAUUCGGAAUCAAAACUCCCACUUCAACUCCAGAAGAACUAUCAGAUUUAUUGGUGACUUCAGGUGCAUUCAUUGCCAUUGGAUUUGUGUAUCUUUUCAUUGCAUUUCUCUUCGGCAUAAGUAUUUUUACCGCCACUGCUUUCGCCUUUCCUUUCGUCAUUGGUAUCAUGUUGAUCAUCUGUUAUUUGGUAAAAAUUGUGAAGAGCACAGAGCAUAUAUUAUUCGCCGUUUUACUUGUUUGGAUUCUACAGCUUUUGAUGUAUGUGAUAUUCAUUAUUCUAAUAAAGAUACCAUGAACACCGCUAUGAAACGAGGAUGAUGAUGAUGAUGAUGAGGACAAUAACAAUACCAACUUUUUAGAUUUCGUUUUUGUAAUUUGAACAAAUUUCUUUGUACUUUACUUUUUCAGUAAAUCAAAUGUACAAUGGUUUUGUAAUAUUGCAAAAAUAAUCAAUAUUUUAAGUG